AUGCAGUCAUAUUUAAUAGAAGAAGUCAUAGCAAAUCUCCAUGGACAGUUCUACGAAAACACUGUAGUAGUGCAAUACGACAAGGACCUCCUUGAAGUGUGGGACGAAGCAAAGAGGCUUCGAUGCGAGUGGUUUAACGAUUAUGAAAAGACAGCUUCUAAACCUCCUAUGGUGAUAGCCGACUUAGACGUCGUACAGUUAGACUUUAGAGGAGACAAUGUGGAUUGCUGGAUGGAAAUUCAAGCAGGAAAAGGGCCAUGGGCUCCACCAGUUUCCGGAAUAGUCCCAUUAGGAUCUACCCUCACGCUGGUUGUGGCCAUAAACGACUAUAGAGGUAAGACAUGUAUACUAUUAUUUUAGUAAGGAGGAUUAUUUUAGUAUUUGAUUGUUGUUUGUUUAAUAGGCUCCGAAAUUACUGAAAUUAUAUUGCAAUUAUUUUAACAACGGGAUCGCAGGAAAAAAAUAGAUUCAGAAUAUUUCAUUUCAUCUCUUAAUAUUAAUUUCAAAUAUAAUCCAAGAUACAAGCUUCUAACUUCUUGUCAUUCCGACACAUAG